AUGCAGCCUUUCGCCACAUGUACAGCUUCAGAGUGCAUUCCAUGGCUUGUGGUCCUCAUCAUCGAAUGUCUGGCCAUAGUCAUCCUUAAUAUCAUCACCAUUGUUGUCUUUGUGAAGAAGAAGCGUCAGCUACAACGGCAGAACACAUAUUUCAUCAUCCAUCUGGCGAUAGUCGAUCUCUUAAUGGGCGUAGUCUCUGGGCCGCUAAUGAUUGAAAACAGAAUAGCGUGGUUCUGUCCUCUAUGGAAGUACAGACAAAUGAGUCGUUGGUCCAAUAAUUUAUCGGCUGCAUUUGCGCAUUUAUUCUCGUUCGUUUCCCUAACAAAUCUUAUUGCUAUUUCUUUAGAACGGCUACACGCAACAUUUUGUCCAUUCAGGCAUCGCUUUGUGAGGAAAUGGGUUUAUGGAGCCAUAAUUAUUGUCAUUUGGUUUAUAGCUAUUGUUAGAGAAGCCGCUCAAAUUUUCUUAAGGGAAAUUGGUUAUUCCAAGAUAAUUAAUACCUACUUGUUUCUCCCAUUUUAUGGAGUUUCUCUAUUUGUUAUCUGUGUAUCUUACAUCCUCAUUAUUGUCAAAGUGCGAUGUAGUCGUCAUCCUGAAUUCCAUUCUAGGUCCAAAAGAGAAAGAAAACUGACGGGUACCGCACUUAUCGUCUCACUUGUAUCGUUACUUUGUUUUCUACCACUGACAAUAUAUUUAGCACGUAUUAGUCUUUCCUUCACUAAUUUCGUGCAUGUUCAUAUUCAUCUGGCUGUGACAGUUCUAUUUUUAGCUAACUCACUUGUAAAUCCUAUAAUUUACGCUCUUCGGAUGCCAGGAUUCAGAGAAGGUUUACUACAGCUAGUUUACAGGGUCCCAGACCUUUCUAACGCCCCAGCAAACCUGCCACUUCGUAACCUUAGGAGAGCAUAGAUAGAUAGUGGGAAAUUUGUCGAUAAAGUCUGUUUCUAAAUAACUUUAACUUCUUAGUCGAGCAACAUGCGUUUUCAUCCUAUUUUUUGGUUCUCUUUAAAAUCUUAACAUGAGUAAGAAAAACUACGCAGGUGACAUACGAACAAAUAAUUGAUACAAUAUAGUUUUGCCUUUUAAUAAAAGCAGUAUACUCAACUUUUUCGACGUUGUGAUCAUUUGCAUGACAGCUUGACCUGAAACAAAAUAAAUGCGACUUUUAACAAGCCUGAGAUGAAUAACUUAGAGGGACUUUACCACCCCACUCCCAGCCCCUCCCCAACCCCCAUAUGUUAACGAGGCUGCGUGAAGACUAAAAAAGUCUUCUACUGUCUAAUUGAAAAGCACUUUGCUCAAGGCAAAGCAAAGCAAAAAUGUGCGCGAGUGAAAAAGUCAAAAUCGUAUUUACAGCCCCUUGAAUAACCACGGCUAUCAUAUGGACGGGAGUGUUUUAACGGGAACUGAGGGACUCUCAUAUGUUAACGAGGCUGCGUAAAUACUAAAAGUGUUCUACUGCCUAAUUGAAAAGCACUCUAGGCAAAGCAAAGCGAUGCAAAAAUGUGCACACUCGUAAUAUCAAUACGACCACCACAUCCCUGAACCGAGUGGCGUAUUUUUCUUAUGUAACACGUGAUGUGAUGAUAUUGAGCCAGAAAACUUAGCCACUGCAACCACAUAUAAAUUGGGAGUCCUAUGUUUCAAAAAGGCUGAUUAGUUCAAAAAAGGAAUUUUCAACAAAGCCAUCAAUAUACGAGUCUUAUAGUUCAGUGUAUUAGAUCAGCUACUUAAGUGCAAAGAAUAUUAAUGUUGAUAAAAGAGCAAAUUAUCUUGCCGAAAUUAAAAUCUUACUGUACAUUUCAUAAGAAAGGCAUCAAGAAACAUUCCAUCCAGGCUUCGUUUUACAACUAGGUUUAUCAUAUCUAGGUUUUGGAUUGAUUUGCAAACAGAAGUAAGACUCCUGCAGUUUUAAAGAGUUGAAGUACGUGAUCCAUAAAGUGUUUAGAUGAGAGUCUAUCGUUAUGACGUUCCAAACACGUGUGUAGUUUUGAGAAAUAUACUUUUACAAAAGCAAUGGAUAACCUUUUCCCGAGUUCCCACAAGUUCACCGAAACUGGCCAGGGUAAAUAAUCGUGCACUGAGCAAGUACUCCAAAGUUCUGCUUUUCGGGUUUAAAUAACUCCUUUUAUCAUGCUCCCCCAACCCACCCCCACCCAUUCGAGAGAAAGUAUGGCAAUAUAAUAAUAACUCCUCACUUGAAUUGCCUCAUAUGAGAGUUGACUGAGAAUAGAAACGGUAUAAACAUCUAAAUGAUUAAAAUGAAUGGUAAUGCAUUUUGUCGCUUCUAGAAAACUAAACAAAGAUACGAGUGCAACGAUUAAUGGGCUUCCGAAGAGUUUUCUUUCGUUUUGAGUGGAACGAAAAAUAAUCGACGAUGAUGAUUGAAUUUACCUAUCAUUUUGCCCCUUUAAUGUUAUAUAUUCUCAUUCACUAACCGACAGCUUUUAAAAAAUUCAACUCUAUGAUCUAGGAAAUAGCUCAUUUCCGAUAAUAUUUUGCAGUUUGACUAUAAUAAAGUAAAGGACCUAGUCCAAAUUAACGCAAUGCAGUACAUAAUGUCUUAUUCAUGAAAAUAGUUUUUAAUUUACGAUAUGAAAUUACAACAAAAAAUGAGACUGUCUAAUUUAUGAUUAUUCUUUUGAGGCCCUGUCUAGUAUGUUUGCUUUACUUAUGACCUACCUUCUAGGAAAAUAAAGUCUUUAAUUAAGAAAUUAUUACCAACUUCCAGAGACGCAGUCUCUAUAUAAUUACAUGUUAAACGAUGCACAGUGUUUACCAUCGCUAUGAACAUUUCUGUUCAUAAAACCUUUAAAAGAAAAUGACUAGUUCAGUGCAGACAUAAGAAAUGUAAAAUCGACUAAAGAAAAAUUUUAAAAGGAAAAGCAGAUGUUGUGCACCGUAGUAAUCAGCAUUAAAAAAUCUCUGGUAUUUCAAUUUUGAAAUGGUUUCUCGGCCAGUUAAAUUGCCUUCUUCAGUGAUGUUACUUCUCCUGUAAACAUCAAAAGCUUUUAAAACUCCAUUCAAGAUUUCUAGAAACUACUCAUCUCCGUUUAUUUGAUAUUCAGGUAUUGAUUGUCUUGACUAAGCUGUUUUGCAGGCUGCUUGGGUUACAUAGAUACGGAACUUUCUUUGAAUUAACGACGUACAGGUGUAGUGUACCUCACUUGUUGUUCCUGUUCAGCUGCAGUCAACACGACAUUUAGAUAUCAUAUGUCAGACAUUUGCAAAACUAAUUUCGAGUCUUGAUAGUGGUGUGUUUAUUCUCUUCCUCUGUUCCUUGGUUUGUUGUUUUCUUAUUCAUUCGAAAAACCACCUUUGAUCAAUUUUACUUAAGUUAAAGUUAAGUGCUUUGCUAUCAUUGAGGUAUGGUCGUAAGAUUUAAUUAGCUUACAAACUCUAACUUGGGUGAGAUGAGGUAAAGCGAGUUAAAAUGGGUGGAGAGAAGUUAUGGAAAUCCUUUGUAAGCCUAAAAUUCCCUCUUGCCAUCUCUUUUAUCAUAUUUACGCCCAUUGACAAUCUUUAACAAGGAUGUGGAAAAUUUCGGAAUUUUAGUUUGUUUCUUUUGAUGCUUAUGAAAAGAUUAAUCCUUGAGAUCUCUUGUAUAAAGGCUUUUGCUUAUUCAGAGUAUAUCAGAAGAAUGUUUUACUACUGGAAAAAGAAGAAAUUUGUCACAAAAAGAAAGAGAGGGACUGAACUAUCAAAUUUUUGGAUAUGUAUUUCAGCCAAAAAAGGAACGUGAAGAUGAAUCAAAGCACAAAAGAAAGGUAGCAAAUAUAAUUCUGUUGCUAUGGUCACCGACAAUCUGAAUUGGUGAUUAAUCGCGAUAAGAUUAUCAACUCUAUUUCUACAUCUGAUUUCUGCAGUGCGAAUCAAGAAAACCUAAAGCUUUCAAACCACCACUCAAGGAUUUUAGAAACUAUUCAUUUCACUCGUUUGAUGUGCUUAUAUUGAUUUUCUAUAUUCAGCUGUUUAGCAGGUGGAUUUACGACGAUACAGGACUUAAAUCACACUAACAAUCGUGGAGUUUAGGCAGAGGCUUUUAUCUGUAAUUCUUGUUUAGCUGCACUAAAAAUGUCGUUUUCCUUUCAGCUAUUAUCUGUCAAUCAUUCGUAAAAACUAAAUCUGAGUUCGAAUAGUGAUAAGUUUACUUUGCAUUGCACUCUUCCUCAGCAUGCUACUUUCUUUUCUAUUUGAAAACCGCCCUUUCUGCAUUUGACUCAAACUCAAUUCGAUAAAGGAUAGAAACACUUUCGUUAUCAUUGAGGUAAGUUCAAGAUAUUCUUAAUAUAUGUCUGCAAAUUCUACCUUCGGUGAGAUGAGCGAAACGGAAUCAGUAUGAAUAGAAAUAUGUCAUUGAUAUUCUUAAUAAUCGCAAGGCGAAGAAAAAGAUAUCUUUCUCUAGCUUGUUGCUUAUGAUAUUGACAGCGGAAGAAAUUUCUCCGAAGCGAGAAAGGACAAUGAUUAAACUUCUGAGUGUGGAAAAUAAAACAUAACAGAUGUUUUUGUUUCAAAAAUGUUAGCUAUAUUUCACCGUACCAAUAGCUGAUUUGUCUUUGAAAUUUUCAAAAACAAUACCAAACGUAUUUUUGAUAACAGCUACGAGAAGAGGAGAAGCUCUUUCUACUGUAUUUCUGGCAGAUUAGUUAUAAAAUUUGUGUUGCUAUCUUGUUUUGGAGGCCAUACAUUUCCUUCAAGCAAUUAAGAUCACUAGUGACCAGCUUUCCGCUGAUUCAGUGAACAUCGAAAAAGUUCUAUAUUAUUAAAUUCGCCUUUAUCGAAAGAAAAAGAAAAGGAAUAGGCUGAAUGAUUAAAUUUUCAGAUAUAAAUUUCGCAUAAAAGAAACACGAGGAUCAGUUUAAGUCAAUGGACGAAGCUUAGUUGGUCAAAAACCAAAAAAACGUAUUCUAUUCUAUUACUUUCAUAGCAGCCAACAGAGCUCAGAGAAAAUGUAGCCUCUCUACUCAGCUUCGCAGUGUAUUUCAUGAUUUGUGGUCCUCAUCAUCGAAUGUCUGGCCACAGUCAUCCUAAAUAUCAUCACCAUUGUUGUUUUUGUGAAGAAGAAGCGUCAGCUACAGCGGCGGAGUACAUAUUUGAUCAUCCAUCUGGCGAUAGUCGAUCUCUUGGUGGGCGUAGUCUUUGGGCCGCUACAGACUGAAAUAGAAAUGUCGCAGUUCUGUCCUCUAUGGAAUCACAGACAAAAGACUAUUUCGUCUCAGCAUUUAUCUUUUGCAUUUGUAUAUUUAUUCUCGUCCACUUCCCUUACAAAUCUUAUGGCUAUUCCGUUAGAACGGCUACACCCCACAUUUUGUGCAUUCAGGUGUAGCUUUGUGAGGAAAUGGGUUUAUAGAGCUAUAAUUAUUGUCAUUUGGUUAAUAACUAUUGUUAGAGAGGUCGCUCAAAUUUCUUAAAGGGAAUUGCUGAUGGAGCUGUAAUUAAUACUUACUUGUAUAUCCUAUUUUAUGCAGUUUCUCUUUUUGUUAUAUGUGUAUCUUACAUCCUCAUUGCUAUAAAAGUACGAUGUAGUCGUCAUCCUCAAUUCCAUUCUAGGUCCAAAAGAGAAAGAAAACUGACGGGUACUACGCUUAUCGUCUCACUUGUAUCUUUACUUUGUUUUCCACCAGCGAUGAUAUAUGUAGCAUGUCUUCGCGUUUCCUUCACUUGUUUCAGAAAUUUUCAUAUUGAUAUCGCUGUGUUAGUUCUAUUUUUAGGUAACUCACUUGUAAAUCCUAUAAUUUAUGCUUUUCGGAUGCCAGGAUUCAGAGAAGGUUUAUCAGAGCUAUUUUACAGGGUCCCAGACCUUUCUGGCGGCCCAGCAAACCUGCCACUUCGUAAUCUUAGGAGAGCUUAGAUAAAUUGUAAAUAACUUUAACUUAGUCGAGCAUCAUGCAUUUCCAUCUUAGUUUUUUAAGAAAAACUAUGCAGGUGAUAUACAAACAGAUAAUUGAUACAGAAUAAUUUUUCCUUUGAAUAAAAACAGUAUACUAAACUUAUUCGACGUUGUGAUCAUUUGCAUGACAGCUUGACUUGAACCAAAAUAAAAGCGACUUUUAACAAGCCCGGGAUGAAUAACUUAGAGGGACUCUUCCACAUCCUCCCCCACACCUCAAAUGUUAAGGAGGCUGCAUGAACACUAAAAAAAAGUCCUCUAUUGCCUAAUUGAAAAACACUUUGCGCAAAGCAAAGCAAUGCAUUCAGAAUUCCAGAGGGUAUACUGGUAAACCGUAAUUUUUCCAAAGCUGUGUUUAUUGAGCCGGUAAGGUUGAAGUAUUAUUUUAUCAGUGAUCCACCCAUUCAGGGAGACUUGAUAAAAACGAAAAAAAAAAUCAAGCAAACAAAAAAUAGAUAAAUAAGAAAAGAAGAAAUUCAGGUAUCUUAACACUCGCGAUCUUCUUUUUAACCCUUGAACUCUCCGAUCUGAUUGUUAAUUCUCCCCUCUACCUGCUACUCAUUUCCUUGUAAAUUUAGUGCUGAGAAUUUUGUGUUAGAUCAAGUUAACAACUUCUACCCGGUAAGUUUAAAUAUUUUCAUUAACUGUUUGCUGGAUAAUGUAGGGAUAUUAUAGGGGGAAGUUUCAUGUUCAUCACUUUUGGGAGUGAAAUGGUUAAGUAAGAAACUUUAUUCCGGCUUUAAUCGCCUUGAUUUUAAAUUCAACUUUUGAAUCAUCGCUAAUUUCAAGUAGAUCGCGUGACGACAUAUUUCAUUAACAAUGAAAAAUAAUGAAUCGUGCGAAAUGAGGAUAACGAAACUAUUUCAACGUUAUCAAUACAAGUAAAAUGCCUUAACAUCGCUGUGGAUCAGUUAUCCAGUCUUUUGUUAGCUCGAUAAUAAAUGCAUCGCUGGUAUCCAUAACAAUGAAGUGAACAAAGAACUUAGCGAUAUGGCAUCUGUAGCACUUUCGUUUGCGCGACGAAGUGAAACAUUCAAAAUGACGUUUAGUUUGUUUACUUUGUUUACAUGUAGUGUGAAAUUUUAAAGGCUGAAAAUUUUUAUGAAAAAUUCAUUCACUUUACCGAAAUCAACCCAUCACCGUGGAUUAACUCACAAGUAGGGUAAAACGAAACAAAUAUCUCAUGCAAAACAUAAACUGUUGGAAUAUUUACGGUGGUUUUAUGUCACGGUUAUUUUUAAAGCAGGUUUUAUUCCAUAGCUAUUCGAGUUACCCUGCAUCGGCGGACGACCCCUUGUCAAUUUGUUUUUCUUACUGACAACUAAUUACCGUAGUAAAACGAUAAUUUUAAGGUUUGAUUUAACAACCUUUUUUUCAUCUUUUGAUGUCAAAAGAUUUCCUCGACCACUUUAUCGUCGCGUUUUAUUGCGUUUGGCAGAAAACAAGAGGGAAAAAUCAUUAAACGAAGCAGAAAAUUAGCCAGUGCAACCACAUUUAAAUUGGGAAUCUUGAGUUUCAAAAAGGCUGAUUUGUUUAAAAGAGGAAUUUCUAGCAAAGCCAUCAAUACACGAGUCCUAUAGUUCAGUGUAUUAGAUCAGUUACUUCAGUGCAAAGAAUAUUAAUAUUUUUAUAAAGAGGAAAUUAUCUUGCCGAAAUUAAAAUCUUGCCGUUCAUUUCACAAGAAAGGCUUCAAGAAACGUUCCUUCUAUAUGCUUCUUUUUAUGGGCACUGGGUCUAUGAUGUCUACGUUUCGGAUUGAUUGGCAAGCAGAAGUAAGACUGCCGCAGUUUUAAAGAAUUGAAGUGCGUGAUCGACAAAAGUGUUUAAAUGAGAGUCUAUGUUUAUAGUCUAAACACGGUUGUGUUGUUAUAUACACGCCUGUAUUUUUUAGAAAUAUACUUUACAAAAGCAAUGGAGGACUCUUUGCCGCGUUUCCAAAAGUUCAUAGAAACCGGCCAGGGUGAAUGAUCGUGCAUUGAGAGAGUACUCCAAAGUUCUGCAUUUCCGGUUUAAAUAACUCCUAUUAUCGUUCUCCCCCACCCCCCACCCCCUCAACCCAUUCGAGAGAAAGUAAGGCAAUAUAAUUAUAAUUCCUCACUUGAAUUGCCUCAUUAUGUAUAUAUUUCCAUACGUUUUAAAUACAGUCUCCAAAAGUUUGGAUUCGUUUCUGUAAAUUAUGUAAAUGAACGCAAAAACUCCAGAAGAAAAUCGUCUCAAACAAAGACUAUAGGAGCCAAAAACGCCUCAAAAAUAUCGCGUAGUGUCUUUGGAUAUUAUAUGAUCUGGGAUCUGCAAUAUGGUUACACGAUACGCUCCAAUCUCUGAAUCGAGUUCUGGCUGAGCGUAGACGAGAAAACCCAUAUGAGAGUUCACUAACGAUAGAAACGGAAGAAACAUCUAAACGACUAAAAUAAAAAGCAAUGCAUUUUGUCGCUUUUAGAAAACUAAAUAGCGAUACACGUGCGACGAUUAGUGAGCUUUCUUUCAGUUUUCUUUCUCUCUGAGUGGAAAAAAACGUUAUCGAAGAUGAUGACUGAAAUACCCUAACCAGCAACUGCACAAAUGACUAAGAGAGAAAUUAGAUUAGAAAUUAGAAUAAACUUAUAACUGCAGCUGCUUGCCAUCAGAGGUAUUAGAACCACCACUUUGAAUGUAGCCGAUAACCAAAUUAUAAAUAUUUGUUGGAAAAAAGGGAAAAGGGGAAAGGCAGAACGUCGAGUUUCCAAAUGGCAUGUAUCAAAAAAAUCGGAAUCAUCAUCUACGUUUUUCCACUGGAGUUAGAGUUAAAUUAAAUACAAAUACAGCGGUAGAUUAAAAGAAAUAAAUAUCACCGUGCUAUUUUAUUUUCUAAAGUUUUCUCGGCUGGAUCAUUUUUUCCACUUUAAUAUUAUAUAUUCUUAGGUACUAACCAACAGCUUUUAAAAAUUUGAUCUAGGAAAUAGCGCAUCUCCAAUAGCAUUUUGCAGUUUGACCAUGUUAAAGUAAAGGACUUAGUCUAAAUUAACGCAAUUCAGGUGUUUGCUACAAUCCAUAAUUUCGGUUCAGCUGCACUAAAAUUAACAUACUCUAAUUACUUCCUUUAUGAUCCUGCCUGUGAGAUAGUGAACGUGAGGCUGUCAAUAAAUGUCUUAUUCAUGGGAAUAUUUUUAACUUACGAUCAGAUAACAACUGUAUUAGUUUCAAAAAAUUAGACCGUCGAAUUUAUGUUGAUACUCUUGAAAUUCUGUCCAGUAUGUUUGCUUUACUUAUGACCUACCUUGCAAGAAAAUUAGGCUAUUAAUUAAGAGAUUAUUACCAAAUGAAAAAUCGACUAAAGAAGAUUUUUUAAAGGAAAAAAAAAAUUUUUGUGGACCAUAAUAAACAACAUUAAAAAAACAUGCCUCGUAUUUAAAUUUUGAAAUGUUUGCUAGGCAAGUUAAAUUGCCUUCUUCAGUGAUAUAAAUCAUCCUGUAGACACCAAGAGGUUUAAAAACUCCUUUCAAGGUUUCUAGAAACUAUUCAUCAUCAUUUAUUUGAUAUUCAUGUCCAGGUAUUGAUUCUCCAGACGAAGCUGUUUCGCCGGCGUUUAUGGUUACACGUAGAUACAGAACUUUCUUUAAAUUAACGACGUGUAGGUGUAGAACAGCUUGCCUGUUGUUCCUGUUUAGCUGCACUCAGAACGUCAUCCGACAUCUAGAUAUCAUAUGUCAGACAUUUGAAAAACUAAUUUCGAGUCUUGAUAGUGGUGUGUUAAUUCGCUAUCUCUAUCCCUUGGCUCGUUGUUUUCUUAUUCAUUCGGAAAACCACCUUUGGUCAAAUUCGACUUGACUUGUUUAGAGGAUACGAAGUACUUCGUUAUCAGUGAGGUAUGUUCGUAGGAUUUCAUUCGUUUAGAAACUCUAGUUUUGGUGAGAUGAGGUAAGCGAGUUGAAAAUGGGUGGAAAGAAGUUUGCACUCUUCCUCAGCAUGCUUCUUUCUUUUCCAUUUGAAAACCGCCCUUUCCGCAAUUGACUCAAACUUAAUCCUUUAAAAGAUAGAAACAAUUUCGUAAUCGGUGAGGUAAUUAUAAGUUCAAAAUAUUCUUAAGAUUCGCCUGAAAAUUCUUCCUUCGAUGGGAUGAAGAAAACUGAAUUCAUAUGGACGGAAAUAUGUCAUUGAUAAUCUUAAUAAUCUUAGCGCCACGAAAAAGAUAUCUUACUCUAACUUGUUGCCUAUGAUAUUGACAAAGGAAAAAAUUUAUCCGAAACGAGAAAAAAAAUGAUUAAACUUCUGGGUGUAGGAAAUAAAACAUGAGAGAUGUUUUUCGUUUUAAAAAUGUUAGUUAUAUUUCACCAUACCUACGCUUAAUUUGUCUUGUAAUUUUCAAGGCCGCGGGUAACAAAUCCAACCAUAUUUCUAAUAGCGGCACCGGGAAGAGGAGCAGGUUUUUCUACUCAGUCUUUCUACUAUAUUUCCGGAAGAUCUCUAAAUUUUUUGUUGCCAUCUGUCUUUGGAGGCUAUAAAUUUCCUUCAAGCAAUUGAGAUCGCUAGUGGAAAAGCUUUCCGCUUAUUCAGUGAACAUCGAAAAGUUCUAUAAUUAUUAUUAAAUUCGUCUUUAUCAAAAGAAAGAAAAGGAAUAGGCUAUGAUGUAUAUUCAUAUCUGCAUAAAGAAACACAAGGAUCAGUUUUAGUUAACAGACGAAACUUAAUCAAAGCAUAUUAAAAAAACGUAAAAAUUUGACAUAUUUCUUUAUUGAGAAUAUUGAAUUCAUUUUUCAUUUUAUCUCUAAUUCAAAUAUUUCCUGUUAUUUUUAAAUUGACAGAGUUUAGAGAAAAUGCAGCGUUUGUCCUCAGCUUCAGAGUGUAUUCCAUGGCUUGUGGUCCUCAUCAUCGAGUGUCUGGCCAUAGUCAUCCUUAAUAUCAUCACCAUUGUUAUCUUUGUGAAGAAGAAGCGUCAGCUACAGCGGCGGAGCACAUAUUUGAUCAUCCAUCUGGCGAUAGUCGAUGCCUUAGUGGGCAUAGUCUCUGGGCCGCUACAGAUUGAAAUAGGAAUGUCGCAGUUCUGUCCUCUAUGGAAUUACAGAAGGGAGACUAUUUCGUCUCAGCAUUUAUCUUUUGCAUUUGUAUAUUUAUUCUCGUCCACUUCCCUUACAAAUCUUACUGCUAUUUCCUUAGAACGGCUACACGCCACAUUUUGUCCUCUUAGGCAUCGCUUUGUGAGCAAAUGGGUUUAUAGAGCCAUAAUUAUUGUCAUUUGGUUAAUAACUAUUGUUAGAGAGGUCGCUCAAAUUUUCUUAAAGGGAAUUGCUGAUCAAGCUGUAAUUAAUACUUACUUGUAUGUCCUAUUUUAUGCAGUUUCUCUAUUUGUUAUCUGUGUAUCGUACAUCCUCAUUGCUAUCAAAGUACGAUGUAGUCGUCAUCCUCAAUUCCAUUCUAGGUCCAAAAGAGAAAGAAAACUGACGGGUACUGUGCUUAUCGUCACACUUGUAUCGUUACUUUGUUUUCUACCAGCGAUGAUAUAUGUAGCAUGUCUUCGCGUUUCCUUCACUUGUUUCAGAAAUUUUCAUAUUGAUAUGGCUGCGUUAGUUCUAUUUUUAGCCAACUCACUUGUAAAUCCUAUAAUAUACUCUCUUCGGAUGCUAGGAUUCAGAGAAGGUUUAUUACAGUUAGUUUACAGGGUCCCAGACCUUUCUUGUAUCGCCCCAGCAAACCUGCCACUUCGUAACCUUAGAAGAGCAUAG